UUAUGUCGGUCGUGCAGGGGCAGGGGGCAGAACCCUUCCCCCGCUUACGCGUGAAAGUUUGAAUAUUAUGACAACGCAUGUGCGCGUGAUUGCACCGCAUACCCAUGUCGCUAUGUUUUAUCGGUAUGACAACCUGAAAAGUGGUCAAUUUUAACGAUUAAUGUCUCGCUUCGCGGGGUAGAGCGACACUUUUUUCUGCGAAAUUCUUUCAUUUUAGACAAAAACGCGUCGAGUGAGCAUAAAUUUAUCAAAAUUGGAGGUGAAGUAGCGAUACUAAAUAAUUAGCAAAAUGCCGAACUGUUGCUUCAAAAAUUGUAAAAGCAGAACAGCGGUCAGGUGGAAAAAUAAAAGUCAAGUGGCGUUUGAAAAAUUGCACGGAAAAAUUUCGUUUCACAAAGUUCCAAAAGAUACACAGCGACGAAAAGUGUGGCUGGAUCGUGUUGGCUUAGGUUCUAGCUAUGUAUCUCAACAUGCUUACCUGUGUUCCCUGCACUUUGACAACGCCGAUUUGGACAGAACUUCUCUUUCUUGUAUUAGACUUCGAACAAAUGCACUUCCAAAGAUAUUUCCUACAGAGACAAGCAGUUGCGACGAAACCAAUAGUGAGCGGGUGGAGGAACAACAUUCGAUAAAAAUGGAACAGCUACUACACGAUACGAGUAAUACGAGUGAGGUACCAUUCAUAAAAUGCGAGUUUGAGGAUUUUGAGAAUCAACAGGUCCAACAGAGUGAUGAAUUAGACAUGGACAUCGAUAUAAAAAGUGAAAUUGAAGCAGCAUUGGAGGAGAAUUAUCCCAUAGUAACUACCCCAAAGCAAGUCGACUUACCAAAGCUAGUCAGCGUAGGAACCAUCGUGUCGCCGUCACUCAGCGAGAAUACUCCUCGGAAAGUUUUUCAGAGAACUGUUUUGGAGAAUAUGAAGUCAACCUACAAAUCCAAAAUCAAGAGCCUCCAACAGCAACUGCGGAGAAAAGAGAAGCGUAUUGCUGAUAUGCAAAGCAUCUUAACUGCAUUGUGUAAAAAAAAUCUUAUUGGUGCCGAACAACUGGACGUACUGAAGGAUUUAGAUACUGUUAAUAAACAUUUACUGAAACGUGAGGUUGCUAAAACUAACAAGCUAUCAGUGACGUAAAAAUUCAGUCCUGAAUUAGGAUCUUUUGAACUAACUCUUUAUUGUUAUUCACCGCGAGCGUAUACGUACGUCCGCUUAACAUUCGAUACUUGUUUGCCCCAUUCGAAGACAUUGAGCAAAUGGUACCGAACAAUAAAUGCUGAGCCAGGUUUUCAUGCAGAAGCUUUAAAAUCAAUUGCAGAUCGUGCUAAAGCUAUACAAUAUCCACUUUUUGGUGCAUUAAUAUUCGAUGAAAUGGCUAUAAGGCAGCAUGUCGAAUAUAUCGGUCACAAGUUAGUGGCUACGUUGAUAUGGGGCCUGAUAUUGAAUGUAGUGAAGGAGAAAUAGCUACCCAAGCUUUAGUUUUUUGAAUUGCAUUAACGGGUCUUGGAAGAUUUCUAUUGGAUAUUUUCUUGCAACGUCAAUGCGGAACAGAAAUGUAACCUUGUUCUGCAAGCAUUGACACUGCUACACGACCACGAAAUGAAUGUAAUUAGCGUGACGUUUGAUGGUGCGCCGUCAAACAUAAGUAUGUGUAGUAGGAUGCAACCUAAAUAUAACGUCCUUUCAGACUCAUCUUGAACAUUCCAGCUCGGAGGAACCAGUUGCGAUAUUGUUUGAUCUGUGUCAUGUGCUGAAGCUGUUUCGCAACUGCCUUGCAGAAUACUCAUCAAUGGUUGAUGACGAGGACAACCUAAUUCAGUGGAAAUACUUUGUCGAACUGAACAAUUUACAAGAACAGGAAAAGUUAUAUUUAGGUAACAAACUUAGGAAGCGGCAUAUUUUAUUUUUUAAACAAAAAAUGAAAGUUAAGCUCGCUGCACAGACUUUCAGUACAUCUGUAGCAGAUGCAUUAAAGAUAUGCGAUUCAGAUUUGCAGCUUACCGAAUUUGCAGGUUGUACACCAACAAUCAGAACAAUAAGAUUGAUAAAUGAUCUAUUUGAUAUUUUAAAUAUCAAAAGCAUGAAACAAUGGAUUCAAACAGGCAUUGCAUGAAGGUAACAAGGAAUAAAAUAGGAAUAAUAAAACGUAUUUCACGAUUUAUCACAUCAUUGCACGGGCCAAACGGCCCGUGAGAGUCGUGUACUACACUUAAUUAGAGCGAAUAGUAAAUAAAUAUGUUAACGUUAGGUUGUAUUCAAUAGAGCGUUCUAUUACUAAAGAUAAUUUUUAAGUGACAGGCAGGCUGCUAUGAAGGUUGUCUUAUUUAAAGGCCACUAAGGCUAUAUAAGUUAAUAAAUAUUUUAAUGUUGUAACAAACAUAUCAAUAAAACGUACUUAGAUAUGAUUACUUACUUUA